UCUCUCUCUCUCUCUCUCUCUCUCUCUCUCUUACUCACUUUCUUUACUAUCACUGUUAUAAAUACAAGUUAUUAGUAAAUCAAACAAACUCACAAACAUAUUUGACUCAUCUUGUAAUCAUCCUUUUCUUUUCUUAUUCACUGAACGCGCGUUUCUUUUAUACUCAUCUCUUUUUUAUUUUCUCAUCUCUACUAUAAAAAAAAAAUAGCUUAAAAAAUAAAACACACACACACACACACACACACAAAAGUCAUGUCAGAUACAACGACGCCAGUUAUUCGCUAUACAAAAGAAACCAUGAUAGCACUUCAUGAUAGUCCACUUGUGCAAAAACCCGAACAUAUGCCUUCUUUAUUAGCUUGGUUUGGUGAGGACUCUGAUUCCCCAGCAUCAAAAAGUAUUUUAAAUGGUUAUGUAAUUACUCGGACUCUAAAUGACAAAAGCAUCGUCCUCGGUCCUACCAAGACCAAUUUUGCUUCUUCCUUAUAUGGCGGAUUAAAACAAAAUGAUCCUACUGCAAAAGUACAACAGUUACCCAAUACAAGAUAUAGACAGUUGGACGAAAGAUCAAACACAACAAGCAUAAGAGAAUAUCGUUCUCCUCGCGGUUCAUUUAUAGGAGACAAAGGUUUUUCAAAAACAGACAAGACAGACAACAGAAAGUUCAUGAGCUCACCACCUCACAACAAUAAACGUAACUUCAAUACGGACCGAAUAAAUGACAAGGGCAGUGGAAGACAUAACCCAGCAUACAAUAACCGCAACAAUAGACAUACCAAUGGUCAUCAUCAGCAGCAUCAACAAAAUCAUAGUCAUCAUCAUCACAACCAUUAUCAGCAAGAAUCAGAAGGUUCAGAAAGAGUACCCGAAUGGAUGGAUUAUACGCCAGAAGAUCAAAUUGAAGUCAAGGAAAAAGAACAAGAAGAAGAAGGAGUUCAGUUCUCGAAUGACUUGGAGACUUGGAAAUCCAAUAUGAAAAAGAGAGAUGGUGUUGAGGAACCUGUUGUGGAGACAUCACUCGCUUCAUUGUCUUUGGAGGUACAAGAUCCCUUGUCAUUCUUUGAAGAUAUAGUCAAUAAUGAACCUCGUCGUGAACAAAAAGGUGGAUCUCGUUUUGCUCGGUUCUUUGCUAAACGAGAAGAGCCCAGUGAACCUACUCAGGCAUUAUCUUCCCCAGCACCACCACCACCUGCUGUACAAUCUCGUUCAAUUAGUCUGAACGAUUUAUUCCAACAACCAGCCAUGUUGAAUGAACCAGAACAACAACAACAACAACAACAACAACAAGAAAAUGUUCGUAUAUAUUCUGAGGAAGACAUACUCAAGUCUUUAGGUGCUAAAAAAGACAUAACUGAAGAUGGUAGUGCUAUGGGCUUUAACCGUGUUCUUCAAAUCCUUUCUCAACCCAAACCUACUUUAACUGAAGAUAUAUCACAUGAACAAGAGCAACCACAGCCACAACAGCAACCACAACAAUCACCUAAAUUGAACAAAGGAUCUCCCAUGGUGACAGGUUCACCAUUAUUAACUGAUACAAAGCCUAUGCGAUUCGGUAACAAUUUGCCUACUUCUGUCUUGCGCCAAAUGAGUGCACGAUCCAAUCAAGACAAGUCACCUAAAUCUACGCCUCCUAUACGUUAUUCACCCAAGCCUAUCUUGCAUCCACCACCACCUCCACCACCUACGAUGCCCCCACUUCCUAUGCCUCCACAACAGUUCUUUGCUCUUCAACAAAAUGGACCUUAUUCACCAGGUCAUCCUAUGAUGGAUCACCGUGGUUUUGAGCAAUUAAUGCAGUAUGAUCCUCGUUUGAUGCGAAAUGGCAAUGGUAGCAAUAGUAAUGGCGAGUUUUUACCUCCUCAUAUGAUGAUGGUCCCUCCUCCUCCUUUACCGCCAGGACAAAGACCUAUGAUGACACCACCUCAAUUCAAUCAACAAAUGUCUUUGCAUAUGCAACGAUUUCCAGUACAACAACAACAACAACAACAACAACAACAACAAAGAGACAUGGUUCCUCCUAUGUUACCUCAUCUUAUGGCUAAUGGUAUACCACCUCAAAUGCUCAAUAAGAAUCAAGGUUGGGAACAACGUUAAUAAGCCUCCUUUUUUUUUCUCGAGAAUAAAAAAAAACCCCCAUGUUUUGUUCUUGAA